AUGUCAAAUGUAUUUUUCGUUCUUUAUUUUUACAUUACAAUACAAUAUAGUGAAACUGCAAAUAUAUUGGCAAUAUUUCCAACGCCUUCAAUAAGCCAUCAAGUAGUAUUUCGACCUCUUAUGCACGAACUAGUAAAACGUGGUCAUAGAGUCACAAUAAUUACAACAGAUCCAGCUUUUAAUGAAAAACAGAGACCCGCGAAUCUCACAGAGAUUGACGUUCAUGAUAUUUCAUAUAAAAUAUGGCAAGAAUACGCGUUAACAGCUAACGGAGAUGACAACAAUCUGGAAGAUAAAUCAGUUAUAUUCUUAUCAGAUCUGCAGUCGUAUCUAGAUAAGUCUACCAAAGGUGUUGUAUAUAUGAGUUUUGGUAGUAUAAUCCAGACAUCAUUGUUUUCUCAAGAAAUAAUUGAAUUGUUUAUUGAUGUUUUUUCUAAGCUUCCAUAUAAUGUUUUAAUAAAGUGGGACAGUGAACUACCAGGAUGCCCUGACAAUGUCAAAGUUGGGAAAUGGUUUCCUCAAACUGAUUUGUUGAGGCACAAAAAUGUCAAAUUAUUUAUUACUCAUGUAGGAUAUCAGUCAAUGAGUGAAUCUAUAGAUGCGGGCAUUCCAAUUGUCGGUAUUCCAAUGGCAGCAGAUGAAUGGUAUAAUAUGGAAUUAUGUUUAAAACAUGGAAUAGGAAUUAAACUAGACUUCAAAUAUCUGACUAAAGAAAAUAUAAAAGGUGCAAUUAACACAGUAAUUGGAAAUGAAUGCUAUCGUGACAAUAUUAUAAGGCUUCGUAACUUAAUCCACGAUCAACCCCAGUCUCCUUUAGAUCUUGCCGUGUGGUGGACGGAGUAUGUGUUGAGGCAUGGUGGAGCGACGCAUUUGCGAUCUGCAGCUGCACAUAUGCGCUGGACGGAAUACUAUGAAAUAAAUUUAAUAUUGUGUUUGCUCUUACUGAUUUUGAUCUUCACUUUUUCAAUAAUUUAUUCUGUUAAGUUAUUUGUAAAUAAGCUUGUUAGUGGACAAUUCAUAUCUACAAACUGUACGCCCAAUACUGCGACGCAACGCUGUGAUCGAGAGAAAAUGCAAUAA